GACAAGUUGGGCAAGGAGAUGAAGAAAGCGAAGAAGAAAACGAAAAAACGAAAACGAGGUGGCUCAAAUGACUCGUCUUCAUCCUCGUCUAGUAGAAGUAGUUCUGAUAACGACUCUGACGAUGAUUUACGGGUAGGUUAAAGGUGCUUUUCUUACCGCUUUUUAUGCCUCUCCACCUAAGGUAGAAAGCCAUAACAAGCGGGGUCGUAAGCGAGCACCAAGAACCUACCUCUAAAAAAUGAUGAUGACGACUCUCACUCUGACGAUGAGGAUUCUUCUGAUUCUUCUUCCAGUGACAACGAUUCUGAUGAUGGAGGAGGUAAAAAGAAGAAGAAAAAGAAGGAAGCGAAGAUGAAGAAGACUAAUUCUAAAGGAUCGAAGAAGGACAAGAAGAAGAAAGAUAAGAAGAACAAGAAGAAAGGCAAGCACGACUCAUCAUCGUCUUCGUCAGGUGACUCAAGUGAGGAAGAAGCUCACAAGAAGUCUAAUAAAGACAAGAACGAUCACUCAAAGAAAGAUGACGAGGACAAGAAGGCGGCUGCAUUGAAGGGCAGAGAAGUCGCUGCUCGUGCUGAUGAAAGAGUCCGCGACUUUCUAGGGUACAACGAUACUGCUAAAGGUGGAGGUGGUGCAAAAGGAAGUGGACGACACAACAUCAAUACAUCAAACAAUGACAGAAUGGGCGCUCGUCGAGUAGAUCUUCGAGCAGAUUCUCGUGGUCGUGGUCUAGGACCACGUGGAGGUGAUCUUCGUGAUGGCGGCAGGAGAAACAACUAUCAUGGUCGUGCAAGAAGUAACUCCCGAGACCGUGGACGUGGUCCUCCAAGAGCACCUCCUCGGGACCACGACCGUCCAGCUCGUCGCUUUGAAUUGGACGAUGAGCACGAUUGCGAUCGCAAAGCGCCUGCUUCGGAAGGAACUACGACGGCUUCACGUGGUGCGGGCAAAGGCAACCUUGAACUUCGAACUCGUAGCCGAAGCCGGGGUCGUGAAGGAGAAGGUCGAGAUCGACGAAGAGAUGAUUCUAGAGGUCGCGGUCGAGACCGCAGCCGCGAUCGUGAACGUGACGACCGGGAAGGUGAUCAUCGCAAGUCCUCUCCUCUACAUCGUGAGCGGGAAGAUGUUGAAAUACAGCGCCGCAAGCGAGAGGAGCUCUUAAAGCCAAUCUCUGACGUGGAGGCGGACAUCAGUAGCAGUGAGGAGCGUUCCCCGUCUGUGGCGAAGAAAAACAAAGCUGAAAGCAGUCCCAAAGGACAUGAUCAGGUGGCUGUAAAAGACAACAACAAGAAGCAUGGUAAACAAGAAGAUGUUGAAGAUGAUGAAAAAGAUCAUCGUGGACGUCGUGGUCGUGGUGAAUAUAUUAACAGGAGUAGUGAAGAUGAAGACGAGAAGACUUCUAAGAACAAGAAAAAAAUCGUAAACAAGAGCUGCAAGGCAACGGCAGUACUAGAGCAAGAUUCUGAGGACGAGCUGCAAGGAAACGUGGUUGAGGAGGAUCCGCUAGAAGAAAAUGUUGAUGCGUCUUCUUCGAGAAACAAUAAGAAAAAUUAUAAGGAGAAGAUGAAUGAGGAGAAACAACAAGUAAAGCUUCAUCCGAACAAGAAUAAGACACAAGUCGAAGAGCAAAAGCGAAAACAUCAAGAUCCACUACCGGAACGUCCAAUUACAACUCGUGGCCGUAGAGCUGAGGCCGAUGCUGACCGCCACCGAGGUCGCAAUGCUUCAGAUUCUUCCCCCGAUCGCCAGCAAAAUGAAGACUCAUCUUCUCCCGAGCGCCAUAACUCACAGUCUGUAUCACCCUUUCCUCUACCGUCAAAGAACAAACAGACGAGAGACAUUGAUGCUCGAAACAAGAACAUGAUCUCUGCAAACACAGGCUACAACAAAGCAAGAAAUGGUCACUCCUCAUCUUCGCUUUCGCAAGCCGAUAAGAAGCGCAAUAUAUCUAGAAGUGAAGAGAAAGAAGACGAUAGCAGUGAGGACGAGGUGGAGCAGGAGCACGGCAGUGGAGAUGAAGAUGAUAACUCUCCAAGUGCAAGAAGUCAAAAGAAACAUGAACAUAGCAGUGCUGCUAGUAUCAAGAACAAGAUGAAGCGCAAACAUCAAUCUCACAGCAGCGACGACGACAAGUCCUCCCCCAAGCAACGAAACAAGCACGGCUCUGAAAGCGAACAAGCUUCGUCUCCAGAAACGGAGCAUGAUGAGGACAGUCAGGAUGAGAAGUCUGAGUCACCUGUUGUACAGAAAGCGAAGACAAACGGCAAGAUCGCACCUCGCGGUAAGAUCGCGGUGGAUAAUCGACUUGCAGCUGCUGCAAAGAACAUCGACAAGAAGAGACGUGUGGAGCGACAAGAGUCUUCUGGCGGUAGCGACAAUGCCGAGGGAAGCCACGAUGAUGACAAGGGCAAGGGUCGCAAGCAAAGCCAUGAUGAUGCUGCCAGAAGCAACAGUGGCUCGCUCUCGCGCCAUUCUUCUCCAAAGGCUAAAAGGUCCAAAAUGAAGAGAGCUGCGAGUGAGGAAAGCGAGAAAGAAAACACGACUAAAGGUAGAGCGAGCGGAGCUGUUAAACAUCAAGUACAGAAGACAGCCAGUAGGAACGAUCAUGAUAAGGUUUCCGCGCGUGGACGAGAAGAAGAGAGAACAACUACCUCUAGAAAGCAGAAAGACAGUCGAGCUAGAACUGCUCGUAGUGCUAAUCAACAUCCUGAUGAACAACGUGAACGUGAUCAUGUUGUGAAAAAGGGUGACACGACAACAACUCAUCUUCAACAUGAUCGUACUCGUCCACCCCCUAAAGAAUACAUCAACGGUCAAACAGGCAGUCCUCCCGUACAUGUUUCUGACCGCAGAAACAGGAAGGAUGACUCUAGAGCACGCCGUGAUGAACGUCGUCCUGCUCGUCAAUUUGCAUUAGAACCUGCUUCGAAGGAAGGACGUGCACGUGACGACGCUCCUAGACGAGAUGACAGGUCGAGAUCACCACGUGAGCGUCGAGAAGUAGACCGGCGUGACGAUCGUGGUGCCAGGCGCGACGAUCGUCGCGACGAUCGCGGAACACGCGAGGGCGACCGUCGUGAUGAUCGCGAUCGCCGCGAUGGUCGUGGACGUGAUGUCCGCCGUGACGAUGAUCGCGACCGGCGUGAGGACGACCGCGGCUUCCCUGGCAAUGACCGCCGCGACGAACGAAGAGAUGAUCGUCGAGGCGAGGACAGAGGCCGUCGUAAAGAAAAAGAACGAGUAGAUGAUCGUCGUCGAGAUGUUGACGAGCAUCUUCGUCCUCGUCAAGAUGAAGAGCGCCGUGACCACGUCGACCGUCGCAGUCGAUCCCGCGAUCGUCCUCGCUACACGCAUGCUGCAGACGCUGAGGCGAAUCGUAAGACGCCAGAAGUCAACUACUGUUCGCGCUCUAGAUCCAAACUGAAGAGUAUCCUGCGUGAAAGCAGAGCAUCUAAAUCGAGCGAAGAGGAAUCGUCUGAUGGACGGUGAGGAAGUACCUGUAGGUCUUCUAGGCUUGAAAAUUACAAAACGAUGGACUCCAACAACAGAAUCAAUUACCGUCCACUAAGUACGAAGAGAAAAUAAGCUCCUAUGUACCUAGUACAAGUUUUGACAUCAUGUUGAAGAUCGUGAUUUCCCCGUAUGCGCUACUUCAACAUAAAUUGAGUCCUCGUUAGAUUGGUUUCCGACUCACCAUGUCAACGUACUGUGCCCCUACACUCUACUUGUCGUUGUCAUGAUCGUCGAGUAUUGAGUCAUACCGGUGCCGACUGGAUUCAGAUUCAUGCCACAUACUCGAAAACUGAAAAUAACCGAGUUACUGACUGAAAUAAGGGAGGUAGCUUUGACAGGGCUGCUCCUCCUUGUUCAGUAUCUCGCCGAUUUUCAGUAGUUACUCGCUUAUUUCAGUUUUUCGAAUAACCAUAUUCCCGUUUCUGAGCGUAUCCAUGAUCCGCUUCGUCGUUAAGCAUCGGAUUUUGCUCUACUUCUCUCCUAUAUCUCUUCCAAACCCAAUGACAAUGAGCUUAAGCAUAAUCGAACUCAGAGAUACUAAAACACCCGUGGUCUUCAUAACAGCUGCUCUCAUCAAUGAAUAUUUCCAUACCUCCAAAUCAUGAUCAACAAGAUGAUUAAUACCCCUCCUGAAUCAGUCACCGUUUUUCCGGACACUCUAACUUUCCCAAGAGUGUCGUCUUGCCAUAAAUAUCUGAAAAUUCAACUUUCGUCCUGAAACUCUUUUCCCAAGAACCUGCGCACCCCUUCGCAAAAAUCAUGAUAUCCAC